AUGAGUAACCCACAACAAUCGUACACUAUUUGGUCUCCGCAAGACACAGUGAAAGACGUGGCCGACGCUCUUGGAAUUUCCAACGCCAGCGAGGAUGUCCUGAGAUCGCUUGCAAUGGACGUGGAAUACCGUAUCUUGGAGAUCGUGGAACAGGCUGUCAAGUUCAAAAGACACGCGAAAAGAGAGGUUCUGACCACGGAGGACAUCGCACGUGCGCUCAGAGUGCUGAACGUUGAGCCAUUGUACGGGUACCAGGACGGGUCGGCCAGAUCCAAGGACGUCUCGUUUUCGAGAAUCUCAACGCAGGGCGGCCAGUCUCUGUUUUUCUUGAACGACGAAGAAGUCGACUUCGACAAGCUCAUCAACGAGCCGUUGCCCCAGGUGCCCCGACUGCCCACCUUCACCACGCAUUGGCUCGCCAUAGAAGGGGUGCAACCCACGAUACCGCAGAACCCCAGUCUCAACGACGUUCGCAUGUCGCAGCCUCCAAUCGUGCGUGGUGCCAUUGUCACCACCGUCAAUGACACAAGUCUGCAAACGUCGGCUUCGGAAGAGAAGGAGUCGCAGCAUAUAUCUUCCAUCAAACCCGGACAGGCCAACGAGGUCAAGCCUCUGGUGAAACACGUUCUUUCCAAAGAACUCCAAAUCUACUUCGACAAAGUCGUCAGCGCACUCACCUCCAAGGAAGACGACGACAAAACGCAGCAUUUAAGAGCAGCCGCCCUCACUUCGCUGCGAUCAGAUACAGGUCUGCACCAGCUGGUUCCGUACUUCAUUCAGUUCAUCGCAGAACAAAUUACUCACAACCUUUCCGAUCUUGGGCUUCUCACCACAAUGCUCGAAAUGAUCUAUUCUCUUCUCAGUAACGAGCAUGUCUUCUUGGAUCCUUAUAUUCAUUCUCUAAUGCCCUCCAUAUUGACACUACUUUUGGCGAAAAAAUUGGGCGGGUCCCCACCACAGAAGUCUUUGAAAGAGCAGUCAGAUUCAUCAAAGCCAGAUUCGAAAAGUCCUUACGAGGAGUUCUUGGAUAAGACUAAUGCUUUGCGUGAUUUUGCCGCUUCGCUUCUUGACCACGUUUUGAAGAAGUUCCCACAAGUUUACAAAUCCUUGAAGCCACGGGUAAUGAGAACUCUGCUAAAGACCUUUCUCGACACCAACAGGUCCUUCGGCACUUACUAUGGUUGUAUAAGAGGUGUUGCAGUGCUGGGACCUGAGUCAGUGAGGUUCUUUAUGGGCAACCUACAAAGUUGGGCUAACCUAGUGUUCGAAGAACAUGCAGGAAAUGCUGCCAAGGAGACUGAAGCCAUAACGGGGAAAUUUACAGAGGUUGAGAGUCACUUACUGUGUGCCGUGGUUAUCGACGCGCUGAUUGUCUUGAAGUCUGACUUGCCAGCAGGUACAAAAUAUGAUGGUGACCUGACAGACGAAGAAAAGGACAAUUUGAAGAAGCGUUGUGGUUCCACGAUAACAUCUCAAAUAGUCGAACGGUCUGACGCCAAAGAGCUUGCAGCCGCUAUCUUUUUCGGCGAGUAA